AAAAUUAUCGAUGAUUUUUCAAUGUCGUACACAUUAAUUAGUAUAUGUACACGAUUCUUUUAAUUAACUGAAUUUUCAUAUUAGCUCCACGGUAAGUAGAGUGUCACCAACAUCUCUGACAUGUCAUAUCCCAUAUUUCUCAACAAAAAUUCAGUCCAUCUAUUGUAAUGUAAUCUUUGCUACUACCUUUUCUAUCGUUUUUAAUCAUCAUCUUCAACGCCCUCUUCGUCAUCCCCAAUCUCUUACUGUUCAUCCUCUUUAUCGUCCUCGACUUCUUCUUCCUCAUUGUUUUCAUCUACAUUUGGUACCUCAAAUAUGGUUUUUGUUGUGUUUUCAUCUCUAACCCAAGGUUAGUUUCAUCAACAAAGUCCCACAUCAUGUACAUUAUAUUCACACUUUGCUUAUCGGAUUGGACAAAAUGACACAAAAAUGUUUACACUUAGAUCCCUACUAUGAAUAAAAAAAAUGUUCGCAUUGGUGUUGUUUAGAUGGGAACCUAUCAACACAAGAGGAUCAAGUACUUGGUAUAUUACAGUAAAAUUAUAUGUGAUUCUGUUGAAGAGAAUUAUGGUCCUUUUAGGAAUUUUUGUAAUGUUUGGUAUCUACGAUGGUGCAUACGGCGAGUUAACCAAAUGUUAUGUAUUUAGUACGAUAUAUAUGAUAUUUUUUUUUUUGAUGUUGUUAUUUCUAUUUAAUUGUUAUUUUGAAAUUUUUUUAGUAAGCGUUAUGUUAUACGAUAUUACUUGUUGAGAAUAGAUAAGAUUUUAAACUAAACCCGUAGACGUACACGAUAAUAUUGAGAUACACGUACACGUGUACGACCUCUCCAAACAGUUAUAUCCUAAAAAUGCCUAAAUCACAUAAGUCUUAUACUAUGUACGUACACAAAAAUAUUUAUUGGAGCGUACAUGGUACAACAUUAAUUUAAUUUUUUGACAUCAAAAUUAAGUUAUUAUGUCAGUUAUUUGUAUGACUGUAUUUUUUUCAUGUGUUGUUCAUACAUGAUUUGAAUGUUUUGU